UUGCGCGCGCAUUAUUUUUGGGCCCAGAUGCCCGCUGUUAAUUUACAUGAAAAUUUUGCUCACAAUUUGCCACGGGACUCUGUGAACGGUGUUUAUACUUUAACUGAUUUAACCUUCUUUUUUAAAAGUUGAAUUACAUUUUUAUUAUUUACAUUCUACGAGUAUUUGUGUCCAAGAAAAAGUAAUAUUUUUCCAAAAUGUCUGCCAACACUUCUCGUAAUUCGGAACUGUUAGGAAGUCCAGUGCAGAAAUACCAGAAGGAGCUGGAGGAUUCCUUGCUCUCUGGAUUAUUGAACGCAGUGGAAAUAUUCAUGGAAGAAGAGGAAAGAAUUCCAAAAGACGACGAAGAAGACGAAAAAGAAGAUUUCAUGAACAGCACAAAAUUCAAGGACCUAAUAAAUUUUUUCUUAAGCGUGAAAAAGGAUUUCGACAUUCUCAGUCCAGAAUACUCGACUCUUCUUCAUUUUGUCGUGAAGCACGGCGACAACGAAAGUUUCGUGUCGCUACUGAAGGAGAACUUGGAUGUAAAUUCCUUCAAUUCGAAAGGAACGACUUUGAUGCAUAUCGUCGCGAUGAAUGGCACUUGUGAAAUGAUGCAAGCACUUCUCGAUCGCGGUGCAAAUAUUAACACUCGCACUGUCUCGCUGCACGAGGAGAGUUUCGAGGAGAACAAUAAUUUAAGCAAUAGCGAAGGUUACACGCCAAUUCAUUGCGCUGCUCUCGCUGGGAAUGUGAAGAUGUUGGAGUUGCUGCUGAAGAAGGGCGCCAAUGUGAAUGUUAUGUCUUAUUAUGGAACGCCUCUUCAUUUUGCUUGCGGUGAAAUUAAUGGUAAUAUGGAGAACGAUUAUUUACUGAAGAAAAAGUCAUUCUCGUUGAAUGAGAAAAUUAUCCUGGGCGAGGAGCGGACGAAAACUGUCGAAUUUCUCCUGAAGCAUGGCGCUGAUAGUGAAUUGAUAGAUUCGAAUAAAAAAACUGCUUUGCAACGAGCUUGUUUUAAUGGUAAAUUGAGAAUCAUUAGUGUUCUUCUCAAUCACAUUGCACCGGUUUAAAAACAUGUGCUUUCUUCACUGUGGGUGAAGAAAACAUUCACGUUCGUCUCUUUGUUUGGCAAAUUAACAUUUUAAAAACGUUUAAUGUUCUAAAAAUGUUUCUUGAACAUUAAACGUUUCUAAAAUGUUAAUUUAACAGACAUGAGAAUUUUUAGAAACUUAUUUUGCCCACUGGGUUCUCCUUUAAAAUGUAAUAUUCGAAUAUUCAAAAAUAUUCUAAUAUAUUAUUAGAAACGUAUUAUUUUUGCUUCCUCUUGAAAGCGCGUCACAUUAAUUUAUUAAUAUAUUUUAAAGAAUAUAACCUUGUACUUACUUU